AGUUGGCUCCGAUUGCUUUCGAUCACAAUCGUCGAUUCAUCGUCACCAAACCACCUUCGUUUUCUUUCAAUUUCAAAAAAGCAAUUAAAACCUCCAAAUUUGCAGCGGCACCUCCAAAUUACCGAAUCGGUGCUCGCUCACUCAGCAACCAGCAAUCCCGAGUUUUUCAGAUUGAUUUUUUCAAUAUGUUGCAAUGGAUGGGAGGAUCGAGGCGGAAAGUAACGACUUCAAGGAAGUCUACACAGCAGAGGCAAAAGCAGUACUUUGAACAAAGAAGACGACAACAACAGCGUCAGGGGCAAACAACUGGGUUAGAGAGUUACGCAGAUGGCCUAAACAUAUCUGAACAACAUCACAAAGAACAUCGAUCUUUGGAUAUUCUCAGUUUGCUGAACCUAUCAACAACUGCUCAAGAACACAAAUCUUCUUACCCUAUUCGAAGGGAAGAUCUUGAAGUCAAGGCUUUAAGACCGAAGUGUGAUAUCACAAAGGAUUCACCAAAAGUACCUUCAAAGAUGGUUGCUCCUCUCACCUCUGUUGAAGUUAACAAAGCAAGAGCUGAAUCAGGCCUUCAAGUGGAGAUUGCAUCUCCGAAAAAGGUUAAGCUUUGUGCUCCGCAUAAUCAUGACAAGUCCUUCAAUGAAAUUAAUUCUAAACCAGACACCUGGAGAGCAGGCACUGAGCAGCAAUGUUCUGUACUUGAUUUUCUUGGCGAUGAUGGGUUGAAUGACUACGUAAAAGAAAGCCCAGUACAUGAAGAUCAUGUUGCAUUUUCAGUUGAAGGUUUGGGUAAAAUGGGAAUGGAAACACCAGUCCAUUCACCAAGACAGCCUGGAAGAACAUUCUCCUAUGAUUGCUCUUCACCCUUGAAUCCUGCCAGGGGACAAAAAUCAUUCAACAGUCGUAAGCAUCUGGAUGACUUUGAAAUUGAAAUGGAUGCAAUGAUGCAAGAUAUCAAUAUUCCCCCAUAUAGCAGUGCUUUAGAGUUUUCUCCUGAUCCAAUGGAUUCAUUCAGUAGUUCAAAGCAAACUCUAUCAAAGGAUGAUGGUCACAGUGGUAGAUUAGAUAGUUAUUAUGGAUGCAGAAGAAUCUUUGACGAUGCUGAAAAUUUCAGAAAAGAUAAAUGGGAUGGUCGGCCUUGUUUCCCAGAGGAAUACACUUUUAAUGAAUGGGAACAUGAUUUAUCAUGGAAGAACUGGCAAAGUCAAAUGAACUGUGUUUCUGAUGAUAAUUUGAUGCACGAAAAGUACAAGAUGUCAGAUUUUGCUUUUGAAGGACCCUUUUCACCGAUAAGGUCUGCUACAGGCAUCACACACAAGUUCGACGUCUUAGAGGAACCUUCAUAUUUCAAGCACCAAAAAUCAGAAAAGUAUCAUGAUUUUAUGGUUCCCAAUGGAGCAAGGCAACCCGAUUGGUCUUGCUUUAUGAAUGAAAAUGAAAGGGACAAUUUGAGCUUGCUGAGUGAAGAGUCUUGCUCAUCAAGUGCAGUGAGGGACAAUGCGAUUGAUAGUUCACUGUCAAAGCCAACCAGGAAUUGGAGCAAGAGAAGAUACGACAAUGCAUACGCUGACCCAGGAUAUCAUUUGAAUAUAACUUCUACAGGAAAGACACGGAUCAAAAGCAAGCAUGUUGUUCAACCAGAGGAUAUUGCACAUGGGUCAGGAAAAUGCACGAAGAUGCCAGAUUCGUCGAAGUUCAAACCAUUCCACCACUCAAACUCUCCUCUCCAGGAAAAGUUUACCCCAAACAGCAAUUGGUUCCCUGAGGAAGGAUAUCUGUCGGUUGACAAUAAUUCAGGUUGCAGUUCUUUCCAUCAAAAGUCAGAGACAAACUGCCCAUCUGCAGGCUCUAAAAUUUUGUUUGGAGAUCCUUUCAGUGCAAGUCCUGUCCCAGAAUUACAUCUCAAUCCUAUAUCUCAUUUUAAACCCUGCGAACCUGUUGCAAGUUCACCUUCCGGCAGUUUGAUUUCUGGGAACUUUGAAUUUCAUGACUCUCCUAUGACCCCUAAGAUUGGUUUUGGACCAAGACAACCAGAGUUCCCUUACUCUCAUGGCGAGACACCAUCUCUGGAUUUAUCAGCGCAGGAAAGUGUCAGCAAAGAUGAGGGAGGAAAAGCUGAAUCGCAGCCAUGCCGAAAAUCUAAGCUGGAGGAAGAACAUUGUAUUCUGAACAAUUUGUUCACAGAAAAUCAACGAUGGAACAAGGACAGUGAAUGUGAGGAAGUAAAAGAUGCAGCUUCGGGACUAACAGCAAGCGUAAAACCAACCUUGCUUGAGCGGGCUGAGAAGACAUCGUCAUCUAUGAACUCUCCAGCGAAAUAUAGAAGCAUAAUAGAAAAGAAAGAGGAUUACUGUGGUAACGAAAUUCCUAUCCCAUGUCUAAAAAGCAACGGAGAAAUGGAAGAGGCUGAGCCUCAGGAAACGAAGAAAGAAAGUAAACAGCAAAGUGAUUUUGUUGACUCGUCCUGUCGGGUGAUGAUGCUUCAGAGCUAUGUUCAGUUUCUUUGUGUGCAGAAGGUACUGAAGGAGGCAGCUGCACACAACGGCAUAAAGAAGAUAUAACAUGUUUGCGACAUGGCAGCCGCGGCUGACUUCCCUUUGACGCGAGGAUUCUGUUGAAUCAAACUGCACGGUACAUUUUCGUUGUAAACAUCAUUUUCGGAUGUGUAAUGCAUAUCAUACCGGUCUAGUAGAUUUACGUUUUACAGUAGCAAAACGGAGCAGAAGGCAAAAAACCCCGGAUCGUAAUAUGAUUCAAAGAAAUUAACAACGGUUACAUUGUGUAUCUAAGUGUUUGACGAAUCAAACAGGACUGAAGUGUUGAUAGGUAUAAAUGUUAGCCUUUUGGGAUUC